AAUUCAUGAUAUAAAAGAAAAGGGAGGAAAAAGAGUUUAUUCUAAUGGCAACACGCAUAAUAAAUUGAUUACUAAACGUAUAAAUGACGUUCAUUCAUUUGUAACUUAUUUGUAAAUUAAUAAGAUCCAAAAAUACAAAAUAUAGUGAAAACGGAAGUAAAUUAAAAAAUAUAUGUAUAAAGUUGGCUUAACACUGAAUCGAGCUAUUGAUAAUAAAUAUAAAAUGCUAUCGGUUGUUCUAUAGUGAUUAUAGAAAUUAUUGAGUUCAUGUAAUAUUAUUGAUCCAUUAAAAUCCAAGUUUAUAUUUUUCCAAUGCAAUCAGCUGUGACAACAUGGCGGUCAUGCCGUAUAUUACUUGUCCGAUUUAAAUUAAGACACGCGAUCCAGAAACGGAGCUGCAGUUAUUUGCAUUCACUGCUCGUGUAAACGGCUGUAAGAAGACUGUAUUUUUUUCAUUAACAAGAACUCGUGUUUCCGAAUUCUCUCACUGAUUCAGUGUGGCGCCAAAGAUCGGUCGCUAAGGGAACGGAAGCAACUUGAGGGCCGUUUUUUUGAUAAUUACUUCAAGGUUGCUGUUUAUCUUUUUUUAUUAUAAAAUACAAUUUUUUAAUAAAAUUUAAUCUAAAGCAAUCUCCAAAUAUUAAAAACAAAAGUCUAAUAUUUUAGAAUAAUUUAUUAUAAAAGAAUAAAAAAGAUAUAUGUAACAGCAUGUAAAAGAAAUGUGAAAAGAAAGAUUGAAACACUAAGUAGAAAGUAAUGCCCUAAAUACAACGAUCUUAAUACAAUAGUUGAGAAAGAAAUUUAAUGAAGUGUCAAAGAUAAAAAUCAAGGUUGAAGAUUAUUGUAAGAUUUAAUGUAUUGUAGUUAAAAGAUAACGAGACAAGACAGAUGCCUUAGAGUUCAAACAUAUAAGAACAUAAGUGAUAAAAGGAGAUGACAUCAUUGUAUACAAAAAUUAAUUUGUACUGUGUACUAAGCAGUACUGUUUGUAAAAUUACUGGCAAAUAUUUCUAAUAUGAUUAACACAAAAGUCUGUCAUUUAUAAGAAGUUAACUUGUCAUAAAAUCGUGCAGUGCAGUCACAGAAGUUCUACAGAUCACAUAAAAUGUAUACCUUGUAUAGUUUCGAUAGUAGAGGACUUUAAAGUACAUGUAUUGAAUAUUGUAGAACGUGGAUAUAAGCAACUCUGAUUUUACAUUAAAUAAGAAAGUGAGAAAUUAAUAAUAGACAUGAUAAACAAUCAACAUUGUGUUAUUCUUAAUUCUGGAGAGACCAAUAAUUAUCACCAACCGGUCUCUGCAAAACCUUCUGUUGUUUCUGUAUCAAGUAUUGAUUCUGAUGUAAGUGACAGAAGAGAUGUACGUGAAGAACUUUAUGCUGGGAUCUUCAGAAGACACAGGAAGACCAUACUUGUGUUAGGCAGUUUUCUCAAAAUGUUAAGGAGAUACUUGGAUAGAUUGCAUGCUCUGAACCGAAUAUAUGCCUUAAUUGCUUUACAUUUUGAUAUUGUCAUACAACAAAAGUUUUGGUGAAAUCAUGAAAUUCUAAUUAUUGUAACAUGUCUGUUUAUAUGUACCUCAAGUUAAUUUAAAUAGAUAUUUUCAAGACUUAAAAUUUAUGAGGCUUUAUAAAAAUUUAUCGUAGUUUAUAUUUUUAUUGAAGCUGUUUUCCAUUGUCUGUUUUAAUGUGUAUCCUACUUUUUUCAACAUUUAGCAAAAUAAAUUUCCUUAAAACGUUUCAAUAAAGAAAAGGAAGGGAUGAAGAAGAAUAUGUGAUGCAAAUAAAGAAUUAGCAAAAUACCGAUAGUGAAGUGAAAGUACUACUGCCGAUCAUAUAUGUUACAUUUCUUUACUUAUGUUUGUACAUAAGAAAUCGAUAAUACAGUAUGAAUGAGGAUUAAUAGUAGCCAACUUUUUCGAGAUGCAAAUUUAAUAACAAUUUUUUGUUACUUAUAUAUCUACAAUUUUUAUAUUACUGGUCUCUUUAUAUCAAAUACUGCCAUUAGAAGAUACAUUCAAGUAUAUGAUAUAACAAAUGCAAGUAGUAUAGCUUAACAAAAAAGUAUGUUUAAAUAUCUAAAAUUGCAAUUACAAUUUUUAUAUAAGAAGCACUUAACAAUUCGAUCGUUCUGGUACUUCAGCCGAACCAUUUAUUGUCGUAAGACUGAGAAAUGUGCUUUUUCAGAAUAUAAUAUGUGCCAUAAUAUUUAUAGACGAACAUUAAAAAUAAAAAUAAUUAAGAUGGUCUUAUGCCAUUGUCAAUUUCUUCACUUUCUAUCAAUCAAAUAUCAGAUAAAUGCAAUGACACACAGCAUAUCGGAACUGUUACUUUUUAAUAGAAAUAUGUGACAUCUCAUACCAUGUUAAGAGAUCAAAGUCAAGUUACACCUUAUGCAAUUUUGGAAUAGUGAAAAUAUAUAUAAGCAAAACAGAUGAUGAAAAUAUUAAAGAUUACAAGGUCGGAAUAAUAUCAUAAAAUGACAAUUUUUAUUGUUAGAAUGCUAUUUAUGGGAUAAUAGUUUAUAUGUGAUAAGAAUGAACCACUACAACUGCUUAACUAAUUUUUCAAUAAAGCAAUUUCAAAUAGCUUAAUAAUGGUCCAUGUGUAUAUAAUAUAUACAUAUAUAUGUUUAUUAUGUAAUUAAAUAAAAGAAAUAAAAUUAUUAUCAAAUAAUAA